UCUGGUCGCAUCGCCGGUUUACGGUGUACUGGAGAUGGAGGAGGUGUUGGAUCUGAAACUCUGCCUCCUCUCCCCCUGACUGUCAUCGACAAACAACGUGGGACGCUGGAAUUUGUUAUACCACACCACAGAGACUUUUGCACUGCUUUUUAUACACCGUCGCGUCACAAGUACAUCUCGUGUUUCGCGGAGCUGGAAAAUAUGUGUAAACUACUGACAGCGAUAAAAUAAACAUUGCACUAUCACCCGCGGUUGAGUACUCACAAAUGUCAUGCACUGUUCAAGAGCCUUUGCCUUCUGUGACAUUCAGAGGACUUCAUAACAACCAACAUGAAGCAGAUAGAAACCGUUAGAACGUUUUGCCUGUUUUAAAGAACUUUUAAACUUGUAAACAUGGAAGAGACUGACGCUGGGAACGGUACUGGGACGCAGGGCUGUGAGCUGGAGCGUUCUGGAGACGGGGGACUGGAUGAGGUGCAGAUGCAUCUCGCCUGCCUGCCGGAGCGAUACAUGAGGGCUAAGUUUUCCCUCUCCGCCUACAUGUUUUGUUGGACAGUAGUGAAGUUGUGUCAGAGAUUAAGCCCGUCUGCAGUUCUUCCCCAGGCCCCAGCUUUAGAGGACUCUGGGAGUGAAGCAGGCUGUCUGGAAGAUGGGGAGUCUCAGCAGGAUGACCGUGGAGAGCAACAUGACCAUCAGGAAUGGUGUGAGCCAGUUCCUGAAGCAAAAGAGGAAUAUUUUGACACGCACUCAUGGCACAGUGACACUUUCUCUGACCCGAAUCAUGAAACUAAAGACUACUGCAGGACGUCACUCAGCUAUGAGACUGACUCUUGCUCUGUGGGUCAUCUGGACUCACACUCUGCAUUUGUCAAACCCUCACCUUCAGUUAGAGAGAGAAAUCCCUCUUUAGCAAAAAGGCAUCAUGCUGUCUUUGACAGUCUCGGUAGGACAGUGGAUAGAGAGCAAUUGCAAACACAGACUGGAAAUACGGAGAUGAUGCACAUGGAAGUUGAUGGCACUGGGAUGUCUGAUGCUAAGGAUGGUCCGGAAUGUGGGGAGGUUAUCAGCAUUUUUCCAGCAGGACCUGGACUUGAUGAUUCUUCAAGGAAUGGCCUAUCCUAUCCUACACCCCUACUGGAAUUAGAGGACACUUUAGGAUCACAAACACUCACUGAGCCAAGAAGUAAAGACUCAUUGUUCACCCUAAAAAACAGUAAUGGAGCCAAGUCUCACUUUGCUGAAACUUUUGAUGGAAAAUCAAAAUUGGAGCAAAUCAAUAAAAAUAUCAUAGACACUCAUUUAGGAGACAGUGAGCCACACAUACAGUUCACAAGCGAGAAAGAGUUGAAGCAAAAUGAAAUUGACACUAGUAACACUGAAAUACAGAUAAUUGCAUCCAUUGUAAAAAGUGCCGACGCUGAACAUAAUAAAUCGAACACUCAACAUGAUGAGCUGAAUGUUGAUGACAAUAAGAUCAGUUUAUCUGUCUCACCGCAUCUUUCUAUAUAUGAGCCUGUAUCAGUUGAGAAGCUUAUUGAACAGAAAGUUGAGGAGUCAACAGAACACAUCCAAUCACAUAAUUCAGUAGAACACAGCAAAUCACAGGACUCAACAGAAAACAUCCAAUCACAAGCUUCUAUAACAUACAGCCAAUCACAGAAUUCAGUAGAACACAGUCAAUCACUGGAUUCUAUGAAAUGCAACCAAUCACAGAAUUCAGUAGAACACAGGGAAUCACUGGACUCAAUAGAACACAGUCAGUCAGAGGAUUCUGUAGAAUGCAGUCCAUCACAGGAUUCUGUAGAAUGCAGCCAAUCCCAGGUCUCAGUAGAAUACAGCCAAUCACAGACUUCCACAAAAUGCAACCUGUCACAAAAAUUAGUAGAACACAGCCAAUCACAUGAUUCUGUGGAAUGCAACCAAUCACAGAAUUCAGUAGAACACAGGCAAUCACUGGACUCAAUAGAACACAGUCAUUCACAGGAUUCUGUAGAAUGCAGCCAAACACAGGUCUCAGUAGAACACAGCCAAUCACAGGAUUCUAUGGAAUGCAACCAAUCACAGAAUUCAGUAGAACACAAGGAAUCACUGGACUCAAUAGAACACAGUCAUUCACAGAAUUCUCUAGAUUGCAGUCCAUCACAGGAUUCUGUAGAAUGCAGCCAAUCCCAGAUCUCAGUAGAACACGGCCAAUCACAGACUUCCAUAAAAUGCAACCUAUCACAAAAAUUAGUAGAACACAGCCAAUCACAGGAUUCUGUGGAAUGCAACCAAUCACAGAAUUCAGCAGAACACAGUCAUUCACAGAAUUCUCUAGAAUGCAGUCCAUCACAGGAUUCUGUAGAAUGCAGCCAAUCACAGGUCUCAAUAGAACACAGCCAAUCACAGCCUUCCAUAAAAUGCAACCUAUCACAGAAAACAUUAGAACACAGCCAAUCACAGGAUUCUGUGGAAUGCAACCAAUCACAGAAUUCAGUAGAGCACAGGCAUUCACUGGACUCAAUAGAACACGGUCAUUCACAGAAUUCUCUAGAAUGCAACCAAUCCCAGGUCUCAGCAGAACACAGCCAAUCACAGUCUUCCAUAAAAUGCAACCUACCACAGAAAUCAUUAGAACACAGCCAAUCACAGGCCUCAGUAGAAGACAUGCCAUCACAAGAUUUUGUCAAACACAGCCAAUCCAAGGCCCCAGUGGAACACAGCCAAUCACAGGCCACAGUAGAACACAGCCAAUCACAUGCCUCAGUAGAACACAGCCAAUCACAGACUUCCAUGAAAUGCAAUCUACCACAGAAUUCAGUACAACACAGCCAAUCACAGGACACAGUAGAAAAUAUGCCAUCAAAAGAUUUAGUCAAACACAGCCAAUCACAGGACCCAGUAGAUCAUAGUCAGUCACAGAUCUCAGUAGAACACACCCAAUCACAGGAUUCCAUAGAAUGCAGCCAAUCACAGAAUUCAGCAGAACAUAGCCAAUCACUGAAUUCUCUAGAAUGCAAACAAUCACAGGAAUUGUUAGAACACAGCAAAUCACAGGACUUAUUACAAAGCUUCCAGUCACAGGAUUCAAUAGAACACAGCCAAUCACAGGACUCAGUGGAACACAGUCAGUCACACACUUCAUCAGAACACAGACAAUCACAGAAUUCAGUAGAACACAGUCAGUCAAUUACUUUAUCAAAAUACAGGCAAUCACAGAAUUCAGUAGAAUACAAUCAGUCACAAACUUCAUCAAAACGCAAGCAAUCACAGGACUAUGUAGAACACAGCCAACCACAGGAUUCAGUAGAACACAGUCAGUCACACACUUCAUCAGAACACAGGCAAUCACAGAAUUCGGUAGAAUGCAGCCAACCACAGGAUUCCGUACAACACAUGAAAUCACAGGAUUCAGAACAAAACCAAUUACAGAACUCCUUAGUGCAUAGCCAAUCAAAUACUCCACUAGAACACAGCCAAUCACAGUCUUCAGUGGAAGACAGACUAUCACAGGUUGAUUAUAUUGAGGCAAAUUCCAUGAACACCAAGUGGACUGUGACUGAGUCGGACUCUGGUUUUAUUUCAGACACAGUGGCUUAUGAAAAGGGACAAUUAAAACAGGACUGCAUGGACAUUUGCACAGAUUGUGAAGUCAAUCAGUCCUUGAAAACAACUGGAAAGCAUUCAUCAAAGGACACUGACAAAGAACUUGAUUUAAACUUUGAAAAGAAUGACGGUCUAAAUUUCAAAAAGCAGGACUUCAGUGACACACCUGUUGUUUCUGUAUAUGAGUGUUUUGCAGCCGAGAGAGCUUUCUCAAAUGUGCCUAAUGCAACUUCUGCUGGAGUGUCCGAUUCACUGCAUCAGCGUCUGAUCAAUGACAGGACAUCAGAACGGUCAGAUCUGCAGGACAGAACUCAUUAUGGUCAACAAAAUUGGCCAGUAUUACAAAUGCACAGUGAAAAAGAGGAUUACUCAGUUAGUAGAUAUCACAUGGACAGUUUUUGUUUGCAGGACAUUGGGCAAACAUAUUCGGAGGAACAUAAGCCUGAGGCAGAUGUUUACAAAACCCAUCAGUGCCCUAAUAGUAGAAUUAAUUUUAACAAACUGGGUGAAUUCCCUGAAGCACAAGUUUGUGUUAACUCUAAAAGUUUUGAUAAUAAAGAUGGUGACGUUUUAGAUGGAACACAGAAGGCUAGCAACAUGCAUCACACUAUUAAAGGGUACCAGAAAGAAUGUACAGUAGUUCCCUCGAUAGAACAGUCAGUAAUUUACUCUGACCAUUUGGGAUGCGUAGAAUAUACUAGGCCCAAGUCAUUGAGUGUUGCGUGUCCUGACAUGAAGACAGCUGAAGCCGAUGGUUGUCCGGUAGAUUGUCCUGUCGAAUCUUUGGCUAGUCUUUUUGAGAUUUCCUAUGACAAAUCUUCAGCCAUCCCUACAGAUGUUUGCUUUGAGCUCAGUGAUGGCCUUCAAAUGAACUGUAAACAAUUAGCACAUUGCGCUAUAGAAUAUAAAGAGACCUCCAAACAAUUUCACCAACCCAACACCUUGUCUGACAAGCAAACAAGGCAAAAUGAGUCAGUUAAAACAACUGAGUCGGAUGUUGAUAUUUUGUCUAGUGCAUGUUCUGAUCCUUUCACAAAUGCACAGUCUCCUUUUGAUUAUUCCCAGCUGAACAGCAGAAACCAUGAAUACAGCUCAGACACAAAUAAUAACAUUAAAGCCAUUACUUUAGAAGAUUGCGCCUCAGGUGUACAAAUGUCUUUGCCUAGUUCUUUGCAAAAAUACAGUAGGUUUACUAACAAUGCUGGAUGUUUAGUCUCAAAGGGGGGUGAGAGCAAAGAUAGUGAAUCUUUUAGUGCCCCUGCUGGUCAGGCUACCUCCUUCAAAGCACCUGACUUGAAGAUUGCAAUGGACAGCAAAGAUAAUGUUCAGAAACCUUCAGACAUAGAUGUUUGUAGCAGCCACAAAGAGGUUACUCAAAAGCAGCUCUGUGAUUGCCAUAAUGGGAAGAAGUGCCAGCUUCACUCAUCUUCAGUGGAGGGAGAGCAGACUGCGGGAGGAUUUGAGUUCAAGGACACAGACGGCAUCUGCCAGAGCAGUACUGCAGUGUUGCAAACCUUGAGUCCCGAAAACACAGAUGACCAUUACAGCACACAUGGAGAGAUUAAUUCAGACUCUACAAAUUGUGAAUUUCCCCAUAUUGUCCAUUUGCUUGCACACAAACACCCAGAGCUCUCUCAAGAGGAAAGCAUAUUACCACUGAGUGGCUCUCUCAAGGUCGAUGAUACUUAUGUAUUAGAAAACAUGGAGAGAAGACUUGAAACAUUCACAACAAUCUCUCCUGAAAUCACUGAUUCCUUAUGUGAAACUUCUGAUCUUCUUUGUAAGCAGUCUUUGCAACUGCACAACUCAGAGAUCAAGGGUGCAUUUGUUACAUGUUGUCGAAUUUUACCCAUCACUAAUUUAGAAGCUAUUUUGGAGUCAGACCGUUCACUGGAGAGCUCAUUUGUGAUGGAGAAUGGACUGGAGGAGCAACAGAGAGGAAGUCCAUUAUCAGAAGGUUUAUUCAAUGAGAAAUGGAGCUCUUGUGAUGACGCUACAAAACACCCACAUGACAACAUUUCUGCCAUGUGUACAAAAGCCAAUGUAGCCUUUGUCAAGAAUGAACCAGAUGCUGGAGAAACAAUGAGCUCUUUAUCGAAUGAGUUCGAUAGCAGUGAUGGCCAUAGUGUUUCCAGUUUUGUGUCACAAGACCAUGACUCCAGUACUAACAGUGAGGAGACGGAGGACAGCACUCAAUCAUCAUCUAGCCUUCGUGGUUCUGCAAGAAAUAAGAGAACCCAAUCAGGGAAGGGCUCUAUGUUUUCUGUUUUUUCUCGAAUACCCUCAUUCCGCAAGACCAAACGAGAACACAAAGGCAAUAACAAGGUUGACACGGAAGUUAAGGACUUCAUUGUGGAUGGAGAUGAACGGGACGAGGUGAAGUACAGUAGGUCACUCACACGUAACAAAUCCAACCCUUCGCUGUACAAGACCAGUAUUUCUCAAAGUACAGAUCAUCUCACAGACAUUACAAAGUUUGCUGACCACUCCAAUGAUGACAUUUUUGAAAAGGCUUUCGCUUUAAUGAAAUCCCAAAAUGUGUAUCAGCCGCAGCAGCACAAAGAUGGAGAUGCACAGAAUUUUAGAGCUUCCCCAACAACAGAGGGAUUGCAACAAAAAAGAAGCAAGAGUACCGAUAACUUAAACUUACGAAUGAAGCUCGCAAUGGCUCACAAGUCUCUGUCUAGCCUGUUUGAGUCCAGAUAUCCAGAGAGGGACAACCAGGAGCAGACCUUGCAGUCAGAGAAUGAGGAGGUGAAAACCAAGCAGUCCUGGAGGAAGAUGAAACAUUAUAAGGAAGCAGAACUUUACAAAAGAACUCUAUCGGUUCCUGGGACGGUCUGUGACAAGUCCACACAUCAGAGCCAUAUUGAUUGUGCCUUCUGUUCUCCUCAAAACAGGUCCAGACUUAACAGCUCACCGGCUUCCCAAAAGAGUUUUAGGAACACAUGCCAUUUUGACCCACAGAGUUUGAAAUCUGCAUCUCAGGAACAGUCUGAAGACAGUAAAUGUUUGGAAGGAGGUGAGCUGCCUUAUGCCGCUUCCUCAGAUUCUGACCAGGCCUCAGUAGAUGGCUUUGAGUCCAAUGUAGAGGAUAGGUCACAGUCACCUGUACACCCCACUGUUCUUGCACUCGCAACCCAGAUGUCACCUACCUGGACCAGGUCUCUCAGCUGUUUUGAGACCACUGAUACUCCCACACGGCCCAUGAGCCCCAAACCUCUUAGUCCUGGUCUGGGCUGGACAAACCGGAGGAGCUUCCGUUACCCCUCGAGAUCCGUUGCAUCCUCUCUCUGCUCUCUUGGUCAGGGAGUGAGCACUGACGUUCUCUCUGAUCCACCUCAGAGGCCGACGUCUCUAAAACCAAGGACAGCACAACUCACUACAGCCCAGUCUUUUGAUUCUGAAUACUUACUAGAGGACAGCAGUUCAGACAGCCAUUCUCAGAAUAGCCUGAAUUCAGCAUCCCUGAUAAACAAACCAGAGCAUGUACAGCGCAGUACUGAGCCAGCCAUCCAGUCACCAGAGAGAAGACAACAAGGAAAUUCAUGUGUGCUUCGGGUGAAGUCCAGAGAGCAGGGUCCGGCUGCACCCAGACCCAUCUCAGACCUCUACAGUUGGACCAUGUCUCUUCAGGGAAUCAGAGAGGUGGCGCUUGACCUGGAAAGGAAGAACAAUACGACUGAAGCACAUCUACGCUCAUGCUCCUAUGAAACGUUGACUGACGUGGAGAACAUCCGUAAAAAGAAGCUUAGCAUGCAGCAAAGUUUGCGCCAGCUUAGCACACCAACUUCUGAGAAGCACGAGAAAUUGCGCGCUAGACUCUCUCUCACUUCUCCGGAGCAAUUCCCCUCUGUUCCUCUCAAAGACCACUUCUUCUCCCAGAGCACACCCGUUGGACUGGACUUUUUGGGCUGGCCUAAUCGUGUGUUGGUUUCAGAAUCGAAUCUCAGCACACCAGCACAAGAGGCACAUGGACAGGUCACUCCUCUAGCGUUGGUGAUAACUGAUGGACCGCAGGAUAAGUCUGGCCUUGCGGAUGAGGUGGGGAGUGAAGAUGACUUGUACAAUGAGUUUCGAAGCUCCUCCAACCGAUUUGGACACCCAGGAGGAGGAGGAGAGCAGCUGGCCAUAAAUGAGCUGAUCAGUGAUGGCAGCGUGUGCGCGGAGGCUCUAUGGGACCAUGUCACCAUGGACGACCAGGAGCUCGGCUUCAAAGCUGGAGACGUCAUCGAAGUAGUGGACGCCACAAACAAGGAGUGGUGGUGGGGCCGGGUGUUGGACAGCGAGGGCUGGUUCCCCGCCAGCUUUGUUCGGUUACGGGUGAACCAAGAUGAGCCCAUGGAGGAAUACUUAGCCCAUCUGGACGGGGCCUCGGAGGGGUGUGGUGCCAGCAUGGGGGGCCCCUUAGGGCCCGGCCUGCCCUGCAAGGAGCAGAUGAGAGCCAAUGUCAUCAAUGAGAUCAUGAGCACAGAGAGGGAUUACAUCAAACACCUGAAGGACAUCUGUGAGGGCUAUAUAAAACAGUGUCGGAAGAGGACAGACAUGUUUACCGAAGAGCAACUGCGCACUAUCUUUGGCAACAUCGAUGAACUCUACCGCUUCCAGAAGAAGUUCCUCAAAGCUUUGGAGAAGAAAUUUAACAAAGAUCAUCCUCACCUCAGCGAGAUUGGCUCCUGCUUCUUAGAACACCAAACAAACUUCCAGAUCUACUCUGAGUAUUGCAACAACCACCCCAAUGCCUGCGUUCAACUCUCCAAACUGAUGAAGAUCAAGAAGUACGUGUUCUUCUUUGAGGCCUGUCGCCUGCUCCAGAAGAUGAUUGACAUUUCGUUGGAUGGAUUCCUGCUUACUCCUGUUCAGAAGAUUUGCAAGUACCCUUUGCAGCUGGCUGAACUGCUGAAGUACACCAACCCACAGCACAGAGAUUAUAAGGAUGUAGAAGCUGCCUUAAACGCAAUGAAGAAUGUGGCCAGGCUGAUCAAUGAGAGGAAGAGGCGUCUGGAGAAUAUUGACAAAAUUGCUCAGUGGCAGAGCUCCAUAGAGGACUGGGAGGGUGAAGACAUCUUGAGCAGGAGCUCUGAUCUGAUUUUCUCAGGAGACCUGACCAAGAUCUCCCAGCCACAGGCCAAAGGCCAGCAGCGAAUGUUCUUCCUCUUUGACCACCAAUUGGUUUUCUGUAAGAAGGAUCUGCUUCGGAGGGACAUCCUGUACUACAAGGGGCGGUUAGACAUGGAUCAGAUGCAAGUGGUGGAUGUAGAGGAUGGGAAGGAUAAGGACUUUAACGUGAGUGUGAAGAAUGCCUUGAAAUUGUGUUCUCCUGGAGGAGAGGAGGUCCAUCUCCUGUGUGCCAAGAAACCCGAGCAGAAGCAGCGCUGGCUGCGAGCCUUUGCAGAUGAGCGGGAACAGGUCCAGCAUGACCUCGAAACAGGUUUUACGAUCACCGAGGUCCAGAAGAAGCAGGCCAUGUUGAAUGCAUCUAAAAGUCAUCCAACAGGGAAGCCCAAAGCUGUGACCAGGCCCUACUAUGACUUCCUGCUGCGUCAGAAGCACCCCACGCUCCCCACCUCCCUGCCCCAGCAGCAGGUCAUCAUGUUGGCCGAACCCAAACGCAAGACCUCCAAUUUCUGGCACAACAUCGGACGCUUGACACCGUUCAAAAAAUGAGGGACUCGGUACAUUCGCGGUUGUGCCUGAACUUGUGUUUUUAUCCCAGUGUAACAUGUUUAUUUUUAUUGUCCAAUUGCGAAAGCACUUUAUGGGUUUGUUACAAUCACAGCAUCACUCCCAGACGUUGUCGGACAUCACGGGAGGGCAUUCCUGCUAUGUUAAUAACGUCGAAAAAAGACGGCUACUACUGCUCAACCGCUCCACUUCCCGACUAAUACGACUACUGCUGCAAGUCAUCAUCGUACGGACACGCUUCAUCAAAAGAGCCCCGCUUGAAGAGAGGACUUCUUUAUAUGUCGGUUAAUUUAUUUCCAAGUUUUCAAUGUAUGCCAGCUAUCCACAGUGCCCAACUACUAGCUUUUGUAUGUAAUUUGAUACUUUUGUGUAACCCAUGAUAAUGUUUCAAGUUUCAAAGGGUUCCGCACAAGACGAAAGUAGACCGUGUUGAGAUUUAUUACUGUAUAACUUCCAAGGCUGUCACACGAAGUCCGUCGAUAUCAUGUCAGUCUGUGUAUGCAACUAUCACCUUCUCCGAACUUUCUCCUCAUGAAGCCUCUAAAAUGAUGCUUAGACGACGUCCCAUCAGUACUCACCGUUUCAGAUGAGUGUUUCAUGUAUGUGCUCAUUUGAUUCUGCUGCCUAAUGACUCCUCUGUAACGAACUUCUCUUUGAAGUGCCAUUCCAAACGUAACCCAGAUGUUGUGAUGGGGGGUUGCAUGAAUUUGCUGUGAAACUCGACAUUUUCAACCCAAAUAAAAUUCUCAAUAUUCUGUCAUUCUGAUAGAUAACGGUACUAUUAAAUUAAAGAGUAUCUUUGACAGUUGUCAAAUAUGUACAGUAUAUGAUUAUCUUCAACCACAAAACAAAGUAUGUUAAUAAAAAGCAUUUGUAAGUGUUAUGAAUCUGA